AUGACUGACCACAACUCCGGCUUGGUAUUUUUAGUGGAUACCGGAGCUGAGGUCUCUUUACUACCUAAAUUCUUUGGAAACUCGUCGACCCCGUCUGACCUGCAGCUAAUAGCCGCAAAUGACACGCCAAUCGAAGUUUUCGGCACCAAAGAGCUUACCGUCGAUCUCAAAUUUAAAGAUCAUUUCCUUUGGAAAUUUCACAUUGCUGCAGUUCCUCAUCCAAUUUUGGGCGCAGACUUCUUAGCACAUUUUGGCCUAUUAGUGGAUAUGACCCACCGCUGCCUCAUCGAAUCAUCUUCGCAUGCUUCCUCUACCGGAGUAAUGAAAAAAGUCGCCUCGCUCCAAUUUAGUUCCAUGUUUCCCUCGUACGUACCCGGAAUUUUUUCAGAUUUUCCAGAAGUAGUGGGACUGGCAGAGCCGAAAUCAAUCGAUAAUCCGGAGGUUUUCCAUUACAUUGAAACAAAUAGACCCCCCGUGGCAGAGCGAGUUAGGCGACUAAAUCCGGAAAAGUAUAAGGCAGCCAGCGAGGAGUUCGAUCGAUUGGUUCGUGAGGGUUUCGUGGGCAUUCAAGUAGCCCCUGGGCCAGUGCUUUGCACCUUAGGAAAAAAAAAGACGGCACCUGGCGUGUGUGCGGAGAUUACAGACUGCUCAACAGCGUGA